UGCUCUUGCCGUAGUUUGAAGCCAUUGUCAUGGCGGGUGUCAUCUGACUCAAAACUUUUGACGCGACAAACUUUUUGAACGGUUAUGUCUGUUCCUCUGCAGCCGGUCGGUUUCGGCUCUGUCCACAUUGGACCUUUUACAACCGCGUCGGACACGAGCUGAAAACAACCCUCGUGAAUAUGUGACGUGAGCUGGUUUAAUGUUUGCGCGUGAUGACGUUGACCGGUGCGAGGAUGCAUCGCUAGGUAGCUAACGGUACCUCAGCUAGCCACUUUCAACAAGUUAGCUCAACUUUUAUCUGAACACUCACCGCGGACAGCGGACCGACUGUAACUCGUUAAAAGUGCCUGUCUGUCGCUUUGGACAGUCUUUCGUAUCAACAAUGUGUCGUGUUCUACGCUACUGUGUCAGCCACUGCCUUCAUGCAGCGAUGACCCGGCUGGAGGAGGUCAACGGGGAGGUGAGCAUGUGGUCGUCGGUCCGGUGGCUGGGCUACCUGUCCGGUCUCAACCUGCUGGUCGCCCUGUGCUUGGGGCUGUAUGCCCGGUGGGAGAGCACCGCGGAGACCACUCUUCUUGUCAUUUUCGUGUUGGCCCUGGUUGUCCUCGGAAUAGCAAGUGUAGUGUAUUACUACUUCAACAUGGAGAGGGUGAGCCUCAGUCUCCUCCACCUGUGGUUCGGCUUCCUGCUGGGGCUGCAGUGCUUCCUCCACAGCCCCGCUCUGGAGGGCAACCUGAAGGAGCGGGCGGCCAACUACCUGCUGCUGGCCAGUGUUGCUCUGAGGACGCUGUGGGCGCUGCUGGACCGGCUCUUAGGAUGCACCAGGUACCGUCCCGCCUUCCUUACCUCGGCGGAGCGGCUGGAGCUGGCGGGCUUUGCCAUCGCCAGCACGGCGCUGCUCAUCCAGAAGUCCCUGAGCGUGAUGGUGCUGGUGGUGGCGCUGGCCACGGUCAUGGUUGCCCUCCGGAUGAAGGCUCUUCUGGCGCUUCCCAACCUGGUCUGCUUCGCUGUGAUCGCCGCCGUGCUGUUCUUCGAGUCUCUGAACAUCACCACCAACCCGUUCGCCCUCGCCUGCUUUUUCAGCCAGCUCAUCUGCGACCCUCUGCUGGAUGUGUACUUCAGUGGUCUCUCUGUGACUGAGCGCUGGCAGCCGUUCCUGGUCUGGCGGGGCCUGUGGCGCCGGUUGUCCCUCCUGCCUCUGCUGAUGGUGGAGGUGACCUUCAUCAUUCUGGCCGCCCGGAAGGUGACAGACUUGGACCAGUGGUACCUGACGAUCCCAGCCUUUGUGGUCUGUGUGCUCUUCUGGGCCAUCUGCCACAUGGUGUUUGUCAUCACAGUGUGGGGCUUUCACACCAAGCUCAGCGACUGCCAGAGGGUGUGCCUGUCCCAGGGGUCAGGGGUCAACGGCCUGGACAAGAUUAUGGCCUCAAAGGGAAUGAGACAUUUCUGCCUCAUCUCUGAGCGCCUGGUGUUCUUCACGCUGGUGUCAACUGUGGCUGUUGCUGCUCUGUGUUGGCAGGCCUCCAGCAGUAUCUUUGUGAGCAUGUUUCUGCUCGUCCUGCCUCUGGAGUCUCUGUUCCACGGGCUUUUCUACGAGCUCGGGAACAGCCUGGGAGGAACCUGUGUGGGCUACGCAGUAGUCAUCCCCACCAACUACUGCAGCCCUGACGGUCAGCCCAUGCUGCUGCCUCCAGACCAGGUUCAGGAGCUGAACAGGCGCUCUACGGGCAUGUUGAACAGCGUGCAGCGCUUCUUCGCCCACCACCUGAUUGAGGCUUUCGGCUGCGACUAUUCCACCAGCGGUGUGACCCUGGAGGCUCUGCAGGCCAAGAUCAAAUCCUUCUUGGAGCUUCGCACGGCAGACGGGCCUCGCCACGACACCUACAUGAUCUUCUACAGCGGUCACAGUCACCGCUCUGGAGAGUGGGCACUGGCAGGAGGAGACGCUCUUCGUCUGGACCAGAUCUUGGAGUGGUGGAGGGAGAAGAACGGCAGCUUCUGCUCGCGCCUCAUCUUGGUGCUCGACUGCGACAACUCGCUGCCAUGGGUGAAGGAGGUCAGGAAGGUGGAGGGCCUGCACGUGGCUGUGCAGGGAGCGACGCUCGCUCGAGCGACGGACGUCGAGCUGCAGGACCCCCCGCAGCUCGGAGACUUCACCUCUCAGUGGGUGGAGUACAACUGCAACUCAAACAGCAACAUCAAGUGGUGUGAGAGGGGCAGAGCGGUUUCCGCCACCUACGGCAUCUCCAAACACUGGAGUGACUACACGCUGCACCUGCCGACAGGAAGUGAUGUCACCAACCACUGGAGCAUGUACUUCCCUCGGAUGACAUACCCGGUGGUCCAGCUGGCGCUGUGGUGCAGCGGUCUGAACCUGCUGUGGCUCUGCAGCGUCUGCCUGCGAUGCCUGAAGAGAGUCAAACUUAACUGGUUUCCACCAGCAAUACUGGACACCGGCCAAGGCUUCAAACUGGUCAGAUCAUAGAUAUGAAGAGGGCUAUUUUUAUUUUCAGAAUAUAUUUCCAAAAUAAUAUUGUCUAAAAUUCAACAAGUGCCUUUGGACCCUGAAAAUAGGCAGCUAUUGGAUGGUAGAAAAAUGAAUCACUCAGUUACUGCUGCGUUUUGAGAGUUGUCUUUCUAGUACUAGUUUUUAUAUUCUUUGCAAAUUCUUCUAUUAAUGUGUGUUUUUAGCCUUGAUUUAUAGGUCUUAACAUCAAAUAGAUCUGUCGAUGUGUGUGAUGAGACUGAGCACACUGAUGCUAUUUUUGCACAUUUUUGCAUUCUGUUAGACGUGAUUCCAACUUGAUUUUAAGAACCUUCGUGUUGUGCCUUUUACCGUAAAAUCACCAAAUAACAUCCAGGUCCCUAAGCUGAUUUUUUAAUUUUUUAAACCUUAAACCAAAGUGACCAUGGUGUGUGUGUGUGUAUAUAUUCAGAGGAAGAUCUCAGGCAUAAAUAAUAUUCUGUUUCUAGAGCACAAAAUGUUACAUUGCUCUUUUAUUUUGAUUGUGAAAUUAUUCCUUUUACAGCCCUCUGUACUACACUAUGCAUAGCUUUAUGUCAGUUGUAACAGCAUUUUGUAUAGCUUUUAGGGGUUAUUUAUAAAUACACUCCAGCUGCUUCAGGGAAUUAAGAAAGAGUUUUUUAAACUGUACUGAUGAAUGCACUACAAGCAGAGGUAUGUGAGAACCCCAGGAAUUAAAUGCAUCACAUAAUGAGAUCCAUUUUUUCCCCUGGGUUUGAUUAUAGUUUACUGGGCUAUGCAAGUUUAUUUGAACUAGUUUCAUGUGUUUGCAAAGGGGUUUGUGGGAAGAAAACCAGGUGAAAGAUGGCUGAAACUAUGCAAUAAAAGAGAAGUGAGACUUCACUUCUCAAAUCAAA